AUGGGUAUGAACUUUGACAUGGGCGAUGUAUCAAUUGCAGUACCAGGAGUGUAUGAUCCAACGGCGAUACCAGAGUUUGCAACAUUCAUCAUGACCGUACACAAACUUGGCUACUUCUUCUUGCUCUGGACAUUCUUGGUGCGUCUAGUGACACCUCUACCAACUGUACUUGUACCGAGGGCCGUUGGAAAAGGUGGCAAGUUUACAUUUGGCUAUACAAUCAAACUGUUGGAUCAAUAUGAUUGGAUCACUACAAGAUUGAGUCUACAAGUAUGGGAUCUAUUGGUUGUACUACAACUAUGUUCAUUGUUUGCCUAUCACAUUGGACAUUAUUACUCUACAGGUGUGACUACAUCAUUCGUAUUCACAAUUACAAUGAGUAUCUUUGUAUUAUCAUUUGGUGCCUACAAAUACUUACAGGAACUGUACAAGCAUAAGCAGUCUGAUGCUAUUCGUUUCCUUCUCAGAGUUAGAUGCUGGGAAUACAGAAACUUGCCAGUGUGCCAUCGUGCCACUCACCCAAGUCGUCCAGACAAAGCCAGACGUUUGGGUUACAAGGCCACUCAAGGUUUCGUCGUUUACCGCAUCCGUGUCCGUCGCGGAGGCCGUAAGAGACAGGUGCCAGGCGGUCGCACUGGUGGCAAGCCCAAGACCCAUGGUGUCAACGAGUUGAAGCCAUCGCGCAACUUGCGCUCCGUCGCCGAGGAGCGUGUCGCUCGUCGUUGCCCCAACCUUCGUGUGUUGAACUCGUACUGGGUCAACCAGGACUCGACCUACAAGUACUUUGAGGUCAUCUUGUUGGAUCACUCUCACCAGUCCAUCCGUAACGACGCCCGCUACAACUGGAUCUGCAACCCAGUGCACAAGCACCGUGAGCUCCGUGGUCUCACUGCCGCCGGUGUCAAGGCUCGUGGUUUGAACAAGAAGGGAGGUCGUCAUGCCGCCAAGGCUAGACCUUCAGUCCGUGCCAACUACAAGAGAAGAAACACUCGCGUCUUUAGAAGAUACAGAUAA